AUGUCCAAGUACGACCGUGCCCUCGAGCGCAUCGACCGUGCCCACAAAGACGACCCCAACAUCGUCGAGGCCGACGGCACCGCAAUCCCCUACGAGCUGCACUAUGCCCAGAAAAUGACCGGCUACCUCGAGCGCCUCGAUCCCUCCGCCUCGGAGCUCCUGCGCCUCGCGAUCCGUGCCCAGCACCUCCGCCGCUGGGAGGUCCCGCGCAGCUCCUACCCCGCCACCAAGAUCGGGUAUCACUCCUGGCGCUCGGGGCUGCAGCGCCGGCAAGCUGAACUAGCAGAGCAGAUCUGUCGGGAGAGCGGGUAUGAUGCCGAGGAGGCGGCGAGGGUAGGGGCUCUGGUGCGCAAGGCGGAUUUGAAGCAGGGGGAUCCAGACACGCAGACCUUGGAGGAUGUGGCCUGCUUGGUGUUCUUGGACGAUCAGUUUGAUAAGUUUGAGGCUGAUCUGGGCGAUGAGGAGAAGAUGAUUGGGAUCUUGCAGAAGACGUGGGGAAGAUCUCUUAAGAUCGAGUUGUCGGAGCGGGCGCAGUCACUGGUGCAGAAGGCUUUAGCGGGUUGA